UUUAAACAGAAGGUAUGUAUGAAGUUUCAACAGCUGCUUUAAAAAUGAAUUAAUACAUGGCUCAUAGCAGGUGUUCAAGUCUUACUAGUUCCUCUCCCUCUUUCCCUAACACUGCCUAUCCUGGGGAUAUUUAAAAAGCUUUGGGCACUGACCCGAACUCUAGGGUACACACGUGUCUUAUUUGGUCUCUCUGCAGUGACAUGCACACUAUGGUGGAGAACCACACCCAAGUCACCUGGUUCUGCCUGCUGGGACUUACAGAGCAGGAGGAGCUCAAAGGCAUCUUCUUUGUGCUCUUCCUGCUCAUAUAUUCAGUCACUGUCAUGGGCAACCUGGGAAUGAUCACUCUGAUCCAUGCAGAACCACAGCUCCACACCCCCAUAUACUUAUUCCUGGGUGUCCUCUCCUUCAUAGACUCCUCGUUUUCCAUGGUGGACACCCCCAGGCUGCUGGAGAGCUUCCUCAUCUCAAGCCAAUCCAUCUUCUUUGCAAGCUGUGUGGUCCAGAUGGCCCUCAUGACCCUCCAUGGUACUGCUGAGUGUCUGCUCCUGGCCAUCAUGGCCUAUGACCAAUUCACCGCUAUCUGCCACCCUCUCCUCUGUCACACUAUUAUGUCCCAACAUCUGUGUGUCCUGCUGGUGGUGACCUCCUAUACUGUUUCUGUUGCCAAUUCAGCUUUGCUGACUGGGUGCAUCUUUAAACUGCCCUACUGUGGCCCCAAUGUCAUUAACCAGUAUUUCUGUGGCAUCCCUCCUGUGCUUCAUCUUGCCUGCGUAGAUACUACUGAGGGUGAGACCAUUAUCUUCUCAUCGUGUGUCUUGCUCAUCCUCUUUACCACCACCAUUAUCCUAGUCUCCUAUGCCUACAUCCUGGUGCCCAUUUGCAGGAUGCGCUCCCUGCAGGCCCAGAGCAAAGCUCUCUCCACCUGUGCCUCCCACCUCACCAUCAUCUGCUUCUUCUAUAGCACCAUCACCUUCACGUAUGCUCAGCCAAGCUCUCACAAUUCCAUGGAACACAACAAGGUCAUGUCUGUCUUCUAUACUGUGAUCAUCCCCAUGCUGAACUCUCUGAUCUACAGCCUGAGGAAUAGAGAUAUAAAAUAUGCUUUGAAGAGGAGAUGCCUGUGA